CAAGCAGAGGCACCGUCCAGCGAGCCGGGUCGACGUAAAGAUUAACCACAAAUCCUCGAUCGCAAGCUUAACCAAAAGCUGGCAUUUAAUCCGUGUCCCUCCCUGCCAUUUACUCCCCGGACAGAGAGACUCGGAAAAGCAUUCGCCACAAGCGCGCGUGGGCGCAGCAGCCAUCGAAUCGAAAAACCACCCUUCGCACAAACAGCUGGUAGCGCGCAAGAACUCUGCCUUCAAUUCCGGUCACAAACACAAACACGCGCGCGCGCAUGUGCACUUGGGUCUCGCUAGCCAUGCAUCAGCGCAACCAACUAGUCACCGUCCUGCUGCUCGGCGCGAUGGCUCUCACGGAGGCCGGCACCGGCACGUUCAUCUACGCCGGGUGCUCGCCGUCCAAGUACGAGCCAGACAGCGCCUUCGAGGGCAGCCUCAAGUCGCUCCUCACCUCCAUCACCAACGCGGCCCCCAACGGCCUAUACAACAGCUUCACGGCCGGGAACAACGGCACCACCACGGGCGCCGCGGCGUACGGCCUGUACCAGUGCCGCGGCGACCUGGGCAACGGCGACUGCGCGGCGUGCGUGCGCGACGCGCUGGCGCAGCUCGGCCAGGUGUGCCCGGCAGCCUACGCGGCGUCGCUGCAGCUGGAAGGCUGCUACGCGCGCUACGACAGCAGCGAUUUCAUCGGCCAGCCGGACACGGCCAUGGUGUACCGCAAGUGCAGCACCAGCACGAGCACCGACGGGGAGUUCCUCAGGAGCCGGGACGCCGUGCUGGGCGCGCUGCAGGUGGCCGGCGCCAACGGGUACAGGGCCAGCAGCGAGGGCAGCGUCCAGGGCGUCUCCCAGUGCCUGGGAGACCUCGCCGCGGCUGACUGCGCCGCGUGCCUGGCGCAGGCCGUGGGGCAGCUCAAGGGCGGCUCCUGCGGCACGGCGCUGGCCGCCGACGUGCACCUGGCGCAGUGCUACGUCAGGUACUGGGCCAGCGGCUACUACUUCCGCUCGUCACAAGAUUAUUCGGGAGAUGACGUCGGCCGGACCGUGGCGAUACUAGUAGGCAUCUUGGCAGGACUAGCCCUCAUCGUGGUGUUCAUCUCCUUCCUCAGGAAAUCAUGUAAGCCCCUCACUUGGAGACAGUCUUUGGAGAACAUACUCUUUUUUCUUGUUUUCCUUUCGCAGAGGCAUCUGACUGACUUUGUUCUCGUAUGGAGAAUCUGUUUAUUCAGUAUUUAACAGUAACAGGUGAGAAUAGGUACAGGUCCAGAGCCUGAACAGAGGCACUAACCUGAUGAAAACUGGUAAAUUAUCAUUGCAGGUUAGGUAGGCCCCUGGAAGGACCUUCAACUCUCGCAUACCGUACUGAGACGAAACAACUUGUAGAAGACAGAUCUCCACUAGCAUGGUCCACAGGAGCUUCAUAAAGCUUUAAUCGCAUCGUCUUACCAAUAGAUAUGUAAACGAUCUUUUUACAGAGGAGAUAUGUAAAAGUGAUCUUUGGUAGUAGGACUCUAGGAGGAUCACAACCUUACUAUGGGUCAUCAAUUUUGGUCCACUAAUAAUGCCACCUAUUCGUUAUCAAA